UGCAGGCACGACAGGAAGUUACGGUUAGUUCGUUUUGCUACUAGCGGCCUAACUUGACAAAUAAAAGUAAACAAGUCUGCGGCAUGAGAUUAAACAUACUGGGUAGAUUUUCAAACAUUCAGCCAUGAAGGAAGACAAGGAAAACACCCGGCCGAAGGAUAAAAGAGUGGAAUUGAAGUGCGAAGAUGGAGAAAGGAUGGAAAAAUCAAAGGAAAAGAAAGAGGCCAUGACAAAGAUCGUGAUCAGGCGAUUACCACCAAGUCUUACGAAGGAGGAGCUGGAGGAACAGCUACAACCGCUCCCAGAACUCGACUACAUGGAGUUUUUCUCCAGCGACACCAGCCUUUACCCUCACCUCUUCGCAAGGGCCUACAUCAAUUUCAAAAAUCAAGAGGAUAUAGUCCUCUUCAGAGAUCGAUUUGAUGGAUAUGUAUUCAUUGACAACAGAGGACAGGAGUAUCCUGCCGUUGUGGAGUUUGCCCCCUUUCAAAAGACUGCCAAGAAAAGAAGUAAGAAGAAGGAUGCGAAAUGUGGAACAAUUGCUGAAGAUCCUGAUUACAAGAAGUUCCUGGAAUAUUACACUGGAGACAACGAGAAGUUUACAUCAACACCUGAGACCCUGUUGGAAGAGAUUGAGGCAAAAUCAAAGGAACUUGUUGCAAAGAAAACAACUCCUCUGCUGGAUUUCCUGAAAAAUAAACAGAGAAUCAGGGAGGAAAAGAAAGAGGAGAGAAGGCGGAGGGAGCUUGAACGCAAGCGUCUGCGAGAUGAGGAGCGACGCAAAUGGAGGGAGGAGGAUAGAAGGAAGCGCAAGGACACAGAGAAGAUGAAGAGACUUGAGAAACCGCUGGAGAAAGACAAGGACCAAGUUAAAGAGGAACCAAAAAUCAAGCUCCUGAAGAAACCAGACAGAGGUGAUGAUGCUGAUGCUGAGAAGCCCAAGGAAAGGGCCAAGAAACCAGAGAGGCAAUCUAAAGAGGACAGACCCAUGGGGACUGGUGAUCAUAGGAGGCGUCAGAACAUUGAGAAUAAGGAGGAUCGUGGAAGGAAAGCGGACGAUGACGGGCGAAAGGAGUUUAGGGAGCGUGAUGUCGAUCGAGUCAGAGAGCGCGAACGAGAACGGGAGAAGGAGCGGAGGCAGAAAGAUAAGGUCAGGAGACAGGACGAAGAUCGGCGGAGAAGGAGGGAGCGGCAGGAUGGGGAGAACUCGUGCAGGAAGCGGGAGGAAGAGGUGAAAAGGGACAGAGAGCGUGGCUUUGAGAAGAAAAAGGGUGAAAACUCUGGAGACUCCACCCACACCGAGAGGAUGGAGAAGCCUGUCAAAGACUACAAGAAGGAGGAGAGUAGCAAAAGAGAGCGACUACGAAAUAAAGACCGGCCUGCUAUUCAGCUGUACCAGCCAGGGGCCAGAAGCCGCCGUGGUGGUGGAGGCGGAGGAGGAGGAGGAGGAGGAGCAGAAUCCAACUCUGCUGACAGGAAGCCAGAUACUGAGAUGAAGAAAGUGGCUGACAAAGUAGACGACUGAGCAGAUCUCUACUCAUGGCUUUUUAAGUUUGGUGAGGAGGGAGAGACUGGCCUGUGAGGCUCGGAGCAGCGAUGUGAUGCCUCUCUGCGACAUGCACUGCUGUUGAAGCAUGGCCACACCUGGCUCUCCCAGUCUCCGAUGAAAGAGGUGUGAUGCUGGAGUCCCUUAGUGCCUGAAUGUGACCCUCCUUUUAGUUUAAUUUGUUCGGGAAAGGUAACCGUAACCUUUAAAAAGAGUCUGGCUGUUGGGCACAUUUGGUGAAACCAAAGCCUUCCUGGACCUCAUGUACUCAAGGUGACCUUAUUUCAGUAUUGUUUCUCUGGCGGAAAGUGUCCACACUGCAAACAUAGGCUUUUAAUUUGUUCAUACAUAUCACACCCAAUUAUCAAACAUGUCAACUUUGCCAAGCUUGUCAAUGUUGUUUCUACACUGUCUUGAAAUAUAUUUGAAUUGUAAUGUUGCCAUUUUCAAUUCAAAGUGCACACUUUGAAAUUUGCUUUUGACUUUGUUUGACAAGUUAGACAAUCCAAAUGUAUGUGCAGAACUUUUACUCAAACGUUCCAUGGCCUGUAACUCUAAAAGAGUCUCAGACACAAUAUAUAUAUAUAUUGAAGUUUACACAUUCAUACAGUCACUGAGGAGAAAUAGCCAUUACUGACCAGACUGCUGUGUCCCAUGCCUGCAUGCAGACUUCAGUCAGUGAUCAACCUGUGGCCUUCUCGCUUUUCUAAUCUGAAUCCCCCUUGAACCAUUAAUCUGUGAUGCAAUAAACUGAAGACGGCAAGAAAACAUAUCACUGUUGUUGAGUAGCUACUUUUGACUGGAAAUAAAAGGCCUUUGUUAAA